CCACCAUGUAUCUAUAACCCCUGCUUCAUACACACCAUCAUUCGUUCAUUCAUUCAUCCAUCAAACCCUCUCAGGUGAUAUAGUGAAACAAACAAACAGACAUGGAUGCACACACUGUUGAUAUAUCUUCUGAUGUGUCUUCUAAAGAGAACCGAACACAUGGUGCAUCCAAAGUGUGUGGGGGUGCACCAUGUGGGUUCUCGGAUGCGCGAACAAGCUCUCGAGAAGCAAGAGAGCGGUCGGAUUCAAUGUGGAAGCUGUGGGGUGGGGUUGUGUUGUGUUUUGUGUUUAUGGGUGUGGAAGUUUUUGGUGGGAUCAAAGCCCACAGUCUUGCUAUUCUCACUGAUGCUGCUCAUUUGUUAUCUGAUAUUGCUGCAUUUGCGAUAUCGUUGUUUGCUGUUUGGGCUUCGGGGUGGGAGGCUACGCCUCGCCAGUCGUAUGGGUUUUUUAGAAUUGAAAUACUUGGGACGCUUGUUUCGAUUCAGAUAAUUUGGUUGAUUACUGGUAUUCUUGUUUACGAGGCGAUUGAUAGACUUAUUUAUCGUGCGGUUGAGAUUGAAGGUAGUCUUAUGUUUGGAAUCGCUUCUUUCGGCUUAGUUGUUAAUUUACUAAUGAUGUUCAUACUUGGUCAUGGUCAUGGUCACGGUCAUGGUCACGGGCACGGGCACGAUCAUGGUCAUGAUCAUGGUCAACACGAGCAUCACCAUGAUCAUGAUCAUGAUCAUGAAGAACAUAGCCAGCCGUUAUUAAAAACCUACUCAAAAGACGAAACAAAGGAGAAGAAGGGGGGUAAUAUAAAUGUUCAAGGGGCCUAUCUACAUGUAUUAGGUGAUUUAAUCCAAAGUACCGGUGUAAUGCUUGGUGCGGCGGCCAUAUGGUAUAACCCCAACUUGAAAAUCAUUGAUCCGAUAUGCACACUAUUGUUCUCGGUUAUAGUUUUGUAUACUACCAUCAACAUGUUGCGCGACAUAUUGGAGGUUUUGAUGGAAAGCACGCCGAGAGAGAUAGAUGCGACGAGUCUAGAAAGGGGUCUAUGUGAGAUAGAGGAGGUGGUUGCUAUUCAUGAAUUGCAUAUAUGGGCUAUUACUGUAGGGAAGGUGUUGUUAGCUUGUCAUGUAAGAAUCGGGCCCGAAGCGGAUGCUGAUAUGGUGCUCGAUAAGGUGGUUGGGUAUAUUAACAAGGAGUAUAACAUUAGUCAUGUUACAAUUCAGAUCGAGCGUGAAUAAAUCGAUCAUGUUUUUAUUUUCGUUUGAGCGGUUAAUUCCUUUUAUUUUCAUCUGGUUCUGGCUUGAAGAAAUUUUGGACACAUGGUAUUCUUUAUAGUGUUUCUAGCUAGUACUUUGUGUAGGAAUUGACCAAUUGUGGUUUAAAAGUUCUAUUAUGGGAAAAGUCUUGACUCUUGAUAGUUUA